UAGUGCUUAUGCCACAAUAGUUUCUCAUGAUGGCCGAGCCAUCACCAUCGAUGGUCAUCGCCGAGUCCUUCUUUCUGGUUCGACCCAUUACCCUAGAAGCACACCUGAGAUGUGGCCGGAUCUUAUCAAAAAGGAUCUUAUUCGGUUCCUGAAAACCAUUCAAGGUGUUCUUCGCAUAGGACCAUAUGCAUGUGCCGAGUGGAAUUACGGAGGAUUCCCCGUGUGGCUGCACAAUAUGCCUGGAAUGGUGUUUAGAACUACAAACAAAGCAUUUAUGGAUGAAAUGCAAAACUUCACAACGAUGAUAGUAGACAUGGUCAAGAAAGAAAAUUUAUUUGCAUCACAAGGAGGCCCAAUUAUUCUUGCUCAGACUGAAAAUGAAUAUUGA